AGAGCUUCACAGCUUUCCCCACAACCGGGCCCCGGGAGAUUUGAAGUGCCAUGGAAUUUCAGGGACGCAGGCUGAAUUCACGCACACCAGAAUCUUAAUAUCUCCACCCCUCACUCCAUGAUAAUACUCUCUGUUCAUGAUAGAACCACACCAGCUAGUUACUAGUGUCAUUUAGAGCAUCUCCAUCUUGCAUCGCAACUCACAAAAAACGCCCCGCAGCGCGACAGUUAUGCUGGUUGAUGCCAAUUAAGUUCGCCCAUUAUUCCUAUCCAUAGCAGCCAUGUCUGUGGUUUCUAGGUGGCUUCCCUUCGCGUCGUCGACGACAGCGACUCAAGCAUGCGCCUACCUCUUUGCCGUUUGUUUAUUCUCAAUCUCAUUCCUCGUCUUCCUAAACAGCAGCGUAUCCUUUGUCAUUACAGAUCUUAUUGGCAUCAAAGAAGGAGUCGGAGACUUGGUCGGAACAUUGGGCUUCGUGGACGAGUUGGUGGCUCUAUUCGCCUGCCCGCUCUGGGGAAUUCUGUCAGAUAGACUGGGAGUCCGGAUUGUCUGCGUAGCUGGAUAUACGAUUGUCGGGCUGGCCCUAUUCCUCUUUGUCCAAGCUCGAAAUGUAUAUCCACAAUUACUGCUGGCCAGAAUUCUUUUCAGUAUGGGUGGCGCUGCUACUGCAACGAUGGUGACAGCGAUCCUACCUUCGAUGACAGGAAAUAGUCGAGAAAACGAAUCUACACACGGCGAAGCGGUAGGAGAACCAGGUAACCCAGGCUUCAGGAGCAGUGUAGCGGCAUCUCUAGACUCGGAAGCUACCAUUACACCCGCGAGAUAUAAUGGAAGACCGAAGCCUCCCACAACGAACGGAACUGCGCACAAGUCGACUACGAAAUCAUCAUCUAGCCCUCCACGUCUUGCUGGGUUAGUGGGUGUCUUCACUGGAUGUGGCGCACUGGUAGCUUUGGCUAUAUUCCUCCCGCUUCCAGCUCAAUUUUCACACUUGAAAGGAGUAACACAAGGGCAAGCGGUUGCGGAUAGCUUCUACGUUGUUGGGACGGUGGCAAUAUGUGUAGCAGUUGCCUGCUUUAUUGGGCUUCGAAAUCUCCACGGCGAGGAAGGAAAAGGUUGGCGUCUGCUUUUGGGCAAGACUCCCUCACACGAAUACUCGCCAAUUGCUUCUCACGAGGAACAAGCACCUACCACAAGAGCUCCGUUCCUACCAUAUUGGCGUCUGCUGCUUGAUUCCACGAUAUUGGGCUUCAAAGAUGCCCAGAUUGGCCUUGGAUAUCUGGGAGGUUUCGUUGCUCGAGCAUCUUCGGUGGGUAUCUCACUCUUCAUUCCUCUAUAUAUCAAUGCCUAUUUCAUCAGAAAUGGGUUCUGCCAAGGUUCACCCAAUGAUCCAUCUCCGGAGCUCAAGAAAGAGUGCCGGGCAGCAUACGUGCUUGCUGCUGAGCUCACAGGAGUCUCACAACUGGUGGCUCUGCUCUGUGCGCCUCUAUUCGGGUUCCUAUCGGAUCGUUAUCGGCGGUUUAAUAUCCCGCUUCUCGUUGCGAGCGUUUUCGGCAUAGCGGGUUAUACUGCUUUUGCUCAGCUCCAGAGUCCAGAACCAAAGGAUAUCAACGGGAGAGGAGGCAGUCCUGCGGUGUUUCUUAUUGUAUCACUGAUUGGAAUAAGUCAAAUCGGAGCUAUUGUGUGUAGCUUGGGGCUUCUUGGUCGUGGCGUACUAGGAGACGAAGGUGGUUACAAUUUGUCAGGUCAACUACACGAUGCUCAAACCAGUAACGGAUUGUCAAGUAACGACGCUGUGGAAACCGCACCACUCGUCGCUGCUCAGCCGACAAGGACUGGGUCUAGGAGUCAUCUCAAAGGGUCGAUCGCAGGAGUUUAUUCACUAUCGGGAGGUGCAGCUAUCCUGUUACUUACAAAGCUCGGAGGAUCUCUAUUCGACAGUCUAUCAACAGGUGCACCUUUCUACAUGAUGGCGAUUUUCAAUGCCAUUUUGUUAGUCGUUGGUAUUGGUGCUGGUGUUUACCGGGAGAUCCGGACACGAAAGAAAUAAUCCUGUAUCUACGGAUAGUCCUAAAAAGCAUAAAUUUGUCUUGCAUAUCUGCGAAUGUACAUACAUACAUACCUCCAAGCGGCUAGGAUAGAGAGCCCGUGUUGGCCUCAUUGUAGUCUUUCUAGACUAAUGCUUGCAUAUAAUUAAAAGUUUCAAAUCCGCG